AUGCGAAGAAGCUCAAGCCCACACUCAGAUGGAGCGGAAGAGCCAGAACGUGACGAUAAUGAUGUUGAGAUGGCUUUGAACGGAGAUCCGGACGAGUACGAUGAGGACAACAACCGGGAUCAGACUCAAGAUCAGACCCAGGAUCAGGACCAGGGCCGACAUCAGGAUCGAGACCAGGACGAUCUAGGCUUACCUGGAGAUAACAUGGAUAUGGCUGAGGAAAAUACCUUGGAACACGAACACCACCACGACGGCCAAGAGCAAGAUCGGGAUCAAGAUCAGGAUCAGGAUUGGCAAGAACGUGUCAACAAUCAUACUGAUAUCGGUGCUUAUGAUCCUGAUCACAAUGUCGGUCCAGAUGCAAAUCCAGAUGCAGAUCCAGAUGCAAUGGACACGACAAGGACGAAAAAAGCAAAAACCACCCCAAAACAAUUCCCAGGACAGGUACAAGCACAGGCACAGGAACGCCCGCUCUACCGGCGCCGGCGGGCGCAGCGACAACGAACCCCGAAUCAGGACCAGUAG